AUGAAAACACAGAGCAUCCAGGAAUUUCAGAACCAGGGAGAAGGUGUCAACUUUUCGGAGCUUAUGGAAAGUGAACAUCGGUUAGUAAACUCCAUGUCCUUGGAAGAUGAAAAUCUACGGAACAAAGAGGCUGAAGGGUGGGACCGCAAUUCGAUCGUCGGGAACGUCGGGUUCGAUAUAUUUUCCACGGACUACGUCGAUGGCUUCAACAUCAAAAGGAAGUUUAUGAUAGUCAACAACUCGGGGUCUGAACUGGAUUCCUACAAUUUUUGGAACUCUAUAUGGGAAAGUGGUUGUAAAGUGAUUGUGAGAUUCGAUGAGACAUCGAAAAAGUGUCAUUGGCUAAAUAACUUUCGAAAUGACGCAUAUGCUGUGGGUGAAUUUAUUAUUCGGAAAAAAACUAUCCCUUGCAAGUAUUUUACACAGCUAGAAAUGACCAUAGAAAACAUAAUGGAAAGAAAAUCAAGAAAGGUAACGCACUUCCAGUAUCACGGCUGUCUAGAUAACAUUGCUUCCGUCAGUUGUACUCAGCUGAUAUUCUUCUUGAAGAUGGUGAACAAACAACAAAGCAGUUACCUCACAACAGGAACGGAAGGCACCGGAAGUACAUGUGGCCCUAUUGUAAUCCAUAAUAUUGGCUGUUUGGAAAGAGCGGUAUCUUUUUGCGUGCUGGACUUCUGUUUGGACCAGUUGAUAGAGACUAACUCAGUGUCGGUGCCCAGCGUUAUCCUAAAUAUCAAAAGCCAGGUGUCUUUCGAGUCCAUCAGCUUGGACGAAUACAGCUUCAUUAAUAAGACCUUGCUGCGUAGUAUAUGCGUGUUAAAUUUAAAAGACAAUAAAUCUACGGACAGUGACCCCGAAAGUGCGUCUUCCAUAAGUCGAAUCAAGAAAUAUGGUUUGUUUUUCAAACGAGCGUCUGUUCCCUGA